CAGAUGAUCAUAUUGUCCGUAUUUUAACAAGAUCGAGGAGAAAUGCACUGCUAGUUUUUCCUGGUAAGAAGGGCGAAGGUUUCCUGAGAUUGUGAUUGCGGAAGAAGAAGGGUGGAAUAAGUGUAUUGAAGGUUCAAAUGCUGUUGUAAACUUGGCUGGAAUGCCCAUAAGUACUAGAUGGUCAUCUGAGGUCAAGAAGGAAAUUAAGCAAAGCCGAGUCAAAGUUACUUCUAAGGUGGUUGAUCUGAUUAAUAAGAUGAAUUCCAGUACACGGCCUUCUGUUCUGAUCAGCGCAACAGCAAUUGGCUAUUAUGGUACAAGUGAAACAGAAGUUUUUGAUGAGAAAAGUCCUUCGGGUAAUGACUAUCUAGCUGAGGUCUGUAGAGAAUGGGAAGCAAAAGCACUAGAAGUUGAUAAAGACGUAAGGUUGCUACUUAUUCGUGUAGGUAUUGUUUUGGGACAAGAUGGUGGUGCUCUAGCUAAAAUGAUUCCUCUCUUCAGGACGUUUGCUGGAGGACCUCUUGGUAGUGGUAAACAAUGGUUUUCCUGGAUUCAUAUAGAUGAUCUGGUGAGCCUCAUCUAUGAAGCUUUGAGGAAUCCAUCCUAUAAAGGUGUUAUCAAUGGAACUGCACCUAAUCCAGUCCGAUUAUCGGAGAUGUGUGAUCAGCUGGGGGAAGUUAUGGGCCGUCCGUCAUGGCUUCCUGUUCCAGAUUUUGUGCUCAAAGCAGUGCUUGGUGAAGGCGCCUCAAUAGUUUUGGAAGGACAGAAGGUGAUCCCAGUUAAAGCAAGAGAAUUGGGUUUCAAAUUUAAAUACCCUUUUGUCAAAGAUGCUCUCAGGGAUAUCGUUUCAUCUGGAAGUACUUAGGCUAUUGUAGUGGUUUUUGUAUCAAUUAUAUCAUUAUGAUCCAGUAAAACUUUGUAUGAUGGUGGUAGACACAUGCAUGAUUUUGUUCACUCUGAUGCUCUGACAUUUCCAUUUCAGGCCUUCUGGUUGGUGCCAAGAUGUGCUAUAAAUCAUUCAUGUAAUGGUUGGUGAUUCAACUUCUAUCAGAUUUUAUUAUUAUUAU